GGUACGACUUGCCUCUUCUCCCGACUUCUUUGCGUGAAUCAACAAGUGGAGCCCAAGGCGGGGAAAAUACUGCCAGCGAUCUUAUCGUCUCCGCCUCCGUGGUGUAGCAGGGGGCGACUUCGGCAACAGCGACGAGAACAGUCGACCGCGACAGCGUCAGCGUCAGCGUAGCAACGACAACAACGUACAGUACUUGAUGACCUCGCGCAGGUCGCUGGGCGGAGGACGGACGCUCGGCAGUGCCAAAGCGCUGUCGCCCGCUGUUUCGCCUCGUCCACAGCAGCACCGCAAUUCCAGCUUACUGUCGCCUUCCGAGAGCUCCGUAUCUCUGGCCUCGCAAUCCUCCUUCUCCGCCGCCUCGACCGCCGAACCGCAAGACCUCGCCUCGCGCGUCACCCUCGAGCAGAAUGACAAUGUCGCCGUCGCCUCGGCGAGCUCCAGGCUUGUCUGCCCCAUAUGCAACGAAGAGAUGGUCACGCUGUUGCAGCUCAACCGGCACCUGGACGACCUGCAUCAAAACUUGGAGGAGGUCGAGCAGGAUGAGGUCAAGACGUGGUUCAGGACGCAGAUGGUCAAGGCCAAGAAGUUCCAGCCGCUCGCCGUGCUCAACCAGAAGCUCAAGGGGCUCGACGUCUUUGAAUCAAACGACACACCUGUUGCGGUCGCGGCCUCUACCAUAGGAUUGUCCGGUCCAGAGCCAUCACGGCAAGAUCCGGAUGAAGUUGUUACAAGAGCGCACUGGCAAAGGCCGGGCUAUGCAGAUCCCUGCAGUGAGCCGACCUGUGGGAAGAAGCUGGGGGCUAUGAAUGGGACUGUGAAUUGCAGAAAGUGCGGGAAGCUUUUCUGCGAGGAGCACACGAUGUAUCAGAUGAAGCUGUCGCGGUCAGCCCAGCAUGAGCCGGUUAGGGGUUUCUGGUGCCGGGUCUGCGAGACAUGCUACAAAUCUAGGGAAGGCUAUAAUGACCACCACGGUUUCGAACGCAAUCACACUGCGGCUUUCACAAAUAUCCGAAGAAAGCAUGUUGAUAAGGCAAAUCUGGAAAUCAGUCGGCUGGAAAAGCGCUUGACUAAGCUCACACAACUUCUGGCCAACCCUCCACCUCCUGAACCAAACACCAGGGCAGGCGGCUUGCUAUGGCCCUUGUCCGGUGCAAAAGCUCAGCAACGAGCCUUGGAGCAAUCCAUCAUUGCUUGGGAAGAUGAUGCCAACGUUUUGCAAUGCCCAUUUUGCCAACAGGAGUUUACCAGUUACUCCUUCCGACGGCAUCACUGUCGACUAUGCGGACGCGUUGUAUGCGGUGAUCCCAAGACGGGUUGCUCCUCUGAGGUUGGCUUGAACGUCGCCGCACCGACUGACCAAACGUCCGAAAAACCUUCGGCCCAGUUGAGUCUAGAUAUCCGCAUGUGCCUGGACUGCAAGCACACGCUGUUCAGCAAGAGCGACUUUGCUCGCGAACUCGUCGACAGGCCUCGCGACCAACGCGCGUACGAAAACCUCACCCAGUUCAAGCGGGGGAUCCGACUACUGCUGCCCAGGUUCCAAAAGCUGCUUGCGGUUCUGCAGAAUCCUGACGAUCCGCCAACGCCGACGCAGCUUCAAGACGCGACCAAAGUCCGGAAACGGCUUAUGGACGCCUUUGCGCAGUUCGACACGGCGGCGCGCAGGAUUCGUGACUUGCCGACGGAUUCUCCCACGCAGAAGCGACUGCAAAAAGCUGUUUACCAGCAAUCGUACAACUUCCUCAGCCUUCACAUGCCGACGUUAAAUGCUGCCAACAACGGACUUUCGUUUUCUGGAAACCUACCCGCUGCCGCAGCGCGAAUUACAAGCUGAAACGCCCGAAUCAGUGAGCCGUGCCGGUGGAAUGUUGCAAGCUGGUCGUAUGAUGCGCACACUAGGUACUCGUACCUCGCACUUUAACUCCGCUGCCGUCUGUCGUCUCUGGUCUAACCUCGCUUAGCAGCUGAUUGUCUUGUCCGAACUCCACAGCAUACCCGAGCCAUGCAGCUUCCUUCAAC